AUGUAUUCAGUUGUGACUAGUAUUCCUUUUAAGUUAACGAGUGAUCAAAUAUGGGAUCGGAUAUCAAAUGAGAGCUCGGAUAACAACGUGAUAACAACGUGUAUCGAAAAUGGGAAUGAAAGUGAGCGGUUGAAAAAUUACGAGAAUGAUUUGCGAAGGAGACGAGAGCUUAAUGAGCACCGAGCGAAAGAAGCUGCAUUACUCAGGAAAUUACUGUCUCUUGAAAAUCAGAAAAGUAGAAAGGAGUCGUCGGGGUAUAAAAAUGAUGCUCUUUCCAAUGACAACGCACUCGAGACAGGUUACGCAAAUAGCGCUUAUGUGGCUGGCGACACAUUCUGUGAUAUUACUGGUAUGGAUGAAACUGGGCCAAUUCCGCUCGAGCAAGUAAUGAUAUCGAUGAAUCGCGUUGUGGAACACUUAGAGAAAGCAGAAGGACGCGAGGAAGAAUCGAAAUUAUUGCGUGAUUUCUUCACUCAGAAACCUAUACAAGAAGCUAUCGAAAAUAAUAUUGUCAUUCAUAAGGCUGCAGAACCAAAGCCCACCACAUCCGCAGGUUUAUUAUCCAUCACGAACGAUUGCAGCGGUUCUAAAACGCUUCCAUCAACACGAAUUCAAGGUGACUUGAAGAUUGUUAAAGUGAACAAAUGCAGUAACACAUAUCUGGGUGCAACAAUUCGAAAUGAAGGUGAAAGAGUGAUUGUCGGGCGUGUGGUGGGUGGUGGCAUUGCUGAGAAAUCAAAUUUGCUGAGAGAAGGCGAUGAACUUAUCGAAGCUAACGGAAAUGAUCUCCGCGGCAAAAAUAUCACUGAAAGAUCGAUGUCGGGCGAAUUAUCGCUUGUGAUAGCAUCAUUAGAUAAAUCGAAUGAUAAUUCUCAAACAGUAUCAUCGACACAAGUUAAACAUUUUCGGGCACUUUUCGAUUACGAUCCUGAGGAUGAUAUUUAUGUUCCUUGUAAGGAACUUGCGUUAAAAUUUCAACGUGGUGAUAUCCUUCAUGUGAUUAGUAUGAGUGACGAAAAUUGGUGGCAGGCAUAUCGUGAAGGUUGUGAAAUGAAUAGUUCACUUGCUGGCCUAAUACCUUCCAUGUCAUUCCAACGGCAAGUCGCUUUGUAUGCACGUGAAUUUGAAAGAGAAAAUCAAUCAGAAAAUGGCAAACGCAAAGAUUUCUUCGGUUGUACAAAAAGGAAAAAUUUAAUCAAAGGAAAAUGGAAGAAAGGAGAAGAAUUGAAAUCGAUGGAUGAAUUAAGUGACGAAAAUGAUUCAGGUGAAAUUCUGAUAUACGAAGAAGUUACAUUAUAUCUAUCGAAAACGGGACGAAAAAGGCCGCUUGUUCUUUGUGGUCCAGAAGGAGUUGGCUGUUUAGAAUUGAGACAACGUUUGGCUGAAUUUGAUAAAGAUAAAUUUGCCAGCGCUAUACCUCAUACAACACGGCCGAAGAAAUCUGGUGAAAUAGAUGGUGUACAUUAUCAUUUUGUAACAAAGCAUAGUUUUCAAGAAGAUGCAAAAGCGGGUAAAUUCAUUGAAUAUGGCGAGUUUGAAAAACAUCUGUAUGGUACUUCAUUGGCCUCAAUUCAGGCUGUCAUCGAUCGAGCCAAAAUAUGUUUACUAACACUUAAAGCUGAGAAUCUGAAGGCAUUACGAAGGACAACAUUCAUGCCUUUUGUAGUAUUCAUUGCACCGCCAUCACUGCAACAGCUUCGUCGUCAGAAGGAAAUUCUCGGGCAACAUGGAAUCAAGGAUGAACAAUUAAAAUUAAUCUUAAGUGAAGGUAAAACCACUGAAAAGCAUUACGGUCAUUUGUUCGAUCGAAUAAUAGUAAACGUUGAUCUUGAUCGGUCACUGGAAGAACUUAAGGAAGUCAUUAGGAAACUGGAAACAGAACCGCAUUGGGUACCUUCAUUUUGGCCAAUCAAUACUGACAGUAUUUCAUCAACAAAAUAUGAUGAAAAAUUGAUAUAUUAA